UGUUACAAGAAUCAUGGCAGCCGAGCUUGGUCUUCUGUCCUUGACUCAGCUCCAAAAAUUAGCUCAAUUUCAACCACCACAACCGCAACCCCAGACCUCAUCCGCCACUACUUCCUGGAUGUGGAACCCUAAACAAGUAGCUGAAGAUGAAGAUGAUUCAUGGGAAGUAAGAGCAUUUGAACAAGACACAGGAAACAUCAACGGUACCACUUGGCCCCCAAGGUCCUACACUUGUACCUUUUGUAGAAGGGAGUUCCGAUCCGCCCAAGCCUUAGGAGGCCACAUGAACGUGCACCGCCGGGACCGUGCUCGGCUCCACCAAGCUCCGCCUGGUAUGAACAAUCCAACCUCUCCCUCCACCGCCUCUUCUACUCUCAUAAUCCCAGCUCAAGAAUUCAUCACAAAUGGUGGACUGUGCCUGGUCUAUUCCUUAGCCAACCCUAAUGGCACUGUCUUGACUCCUACGCCGAUGAAUUCUUGCAUGGAAUCACCUUCAGCCCUUUUAUCUGUCUCGAGUUUCCCAACCAAUACUCUGAUCUCGCCUUGCCCUUACACUUAUCCUGCAACCCCUCAUAGCAUGAAUUCAUCAAUCUCUCAGUCUAGUAACACUGAGCGUUCUGCUUCCAAUAGCAAUGAAAACAAUAUUCUUGAUAACAUUGGUCAAAACAGGAAGGAUUCAGCGAUUGAGGAGCUUGAUCUGGAGCUGAGGCUUGGGCGUCAAUAACACCACUAUGACAGGCAAAGAAAACACAUAGUUUGUGUUACUUGUUUGUGCUUUUUUACGCUAUUGAUAUAUAUAUACACAUAGGGAGUGAAGCAAGUACAGUGUGUAACCUGUAUUACAGCCUAGUUUGGUAUACAUUUUUGUGGGCUUUUUUAUUCAAAAAUAUUUUCCUGUUGCUUUC